UUUGUGAAAAAUUUGGCUAUCGCUGUUUUUGGCAUUAAAACUCUUCAAGAAAGUUCAGUGACUGGUAUUACAUCAAAUAAAAAUAAAAAUAAAGUACAAACUGCACCUAGACCAGCACUAGAUUCUACAAAAUUACAAGCCAUAAGGGCUGCUGUUAAAUAUUAUGCAAUGUCUGAGAAAGGUCAUGAUGAAGUAACAGCAGACUUUCAAGCACAACAAGUCGGAACUCAUAUCGCACACAAAAUUUAUGAACUCAAUAACUUGCCAACUCGAAAGAAAAAAAAGAAAGAGAUUAAUCCUGCGGAACUAUGUGAUGAUCCAAUUAAUGUUGAAAAUACUGAACCUGAUGAUCGAAAUGAUCGUAAUACACCAGAAAACAAUAAUUCCAGCGAGUCUAGUUCUCACUUAAAGACUCAAGCAGACAACAAUACGUCGGAAGAAAAGUCUGUGUAUGACGAAUCAUUAGAUUAUAAUAAUAAGGAAAAUGAAGAAAGUUCAAAAUUUUCUGAACAGGAGGACGAAAGAAAGGAAAGCAUGCAAAGUUCAACGCAUGAUACUACUGAUUCCAGUCAAGAUAAUGCGGAUGAUAUUGAGUGA